AUGACGUCCCCAAAGUAUAGCCACCAUUUCUCUGUCAAUAAUCUGCCGUACGGGGUUGCCUCGUCUGCCUCUCAGCCCCGACAAUGUGCCACCCGUCUCGCCAACACCGUCAUCUUCCUCGGCGUCCUCCAGCAAUCAGGGUUCUUUGACAAGGUAGACUCUCUACCAAAGAAUAUAUUUUCCAACGAGACCCUGAAUGAGUACGCUGCUUUGCCAAAAUCCGCCCACGCUGCAGUCCGCGCCCAUCUGCAAUCCGCCCUCCGCGAGCCUGGCCUGGAUGCCAUCCCAGCAAACGCAAAAGCAGACAUAACAACAGUGCAAGUACACGUCCCAAUCUCUAUUCCCGGAUUCACAGACUUCUCCAACUCCCUCAACCAUGUCCAAAACGCCGGCCGCGCAAUCCUCAACGACCCUUCGCCACCCCCAGGCUUCUUCCACUUCCCAAUCGGAUAUACCGGGCGGGCAUCGACGGUCGUCGCGUCUGGGACCCCGAUUAUCAGACCCUCCGGGCACUUCUAUGACCGGACGAACCCGGUUCCCAAGACCGUUAUCCACGGCCCUUCGCGCGCGCUGGACUAUGAGAUGGAACUGGGUGUUGUCAUUGGAAAGCCCUACGAGUGGGGAUCAGGGAAGGGGGUUAAUGCGAAAGACGCAGAAGAAUAUGUCUUUGGGUUUGUGAUUGUGAAUGACUGGAGUGCCCGCGACAUCCAAGGCCUCGAGAUGGUUCCACUAGGCCCAUUGAAUGGAAAAGCAUUUGGAACAUCCAUUUCCCCCUGGAUCGUUACGACGGACGCGCUGGCACCGUUCAGGGCCUCUGCGCCAGAACCGCAAGCUUCUCUGGCGGACCACCUACAGGAUGAGAAAAAAGGAAAUUAUGAUAUUGUCAUGGAUGUUGAGAUUUUGCACAAACCAGCAACUACUACUACAGAUUUAAGUGUAACUACCGACGGAGACAGAUACGUCUCGCAUAUUGCCACCGGUCCAGCGAGGGAGCUAUUCUGGAGUCACCGGCAGAUGGUGGCCCAUCUUACGAGUUCGGGAUGUGACUUGCGCACAGGAGACCUCCUUGGAACAGGAACGGUCAGUGGGUCUGUUGAUGGGUCGCAUGGGUGUUUGCUGGAGAGCACGAAGGGGGGGAAGGAGAGAGUGAAGCUCUCCGACGGGGCAGAGAGGGUAUACCUGGUUGACGGGGAUAUCGUCAGGAUGACCGCUGUACUCGGUGAUGAGCAGUCAGGAGUUGGAUUCGGGGAGUGUAUUGGCGAGAUAUUGCCAGCCAGGCUUGAUUGA